CUGGAGAGAUGAAGGCGUUCGAGUGUGCGGUCAUCGGCAACGGGGAUAUCUUUGGCUAUGGAAUUGAAAGCAAUCAGCGAGUAACCGAUCUGAAGAUUGCGAUCAAGAAGUACAUGGGGUUUAAGUGUGAUUUGCAUGAAUUCACGCUUUUCCUGGCGCAGUCAAGCGACGGCAACUGGCUCAAGGCGACCGACCCUGAUGUGCCGAUGCUCAAAGCUGGCAAGAUACCUCGUCGAAUCAAGCAAUUGAUGACUCAAGACAACAAGAUGGAGGAAGGAGCUCUAUUGAGCACAUUCAACCUCCCUGAAGGGAAGUUGAAUGUCGGCGACAUCCACAUGCUGGUGGCCGGGGCUCAUCGCGUAAAGAUAUUAUGCGCGAUCGUUGGGAUCGACGACAUCGUGCCAAUGAAGAUCGAUGAGCGCGACUGCGUCGUGCACCUGAAGCAGGCGAUCAUGAAGUGCAUGGAGUUUCGAUUUCAUUGGUCUGAGCUGAAGUUGUACGUCGCCAAGGUUAACGGCGCCUACUGGCUCCGGUCGAAUAAUCCUGGUGUGGCCAAGUUGAAGGCGGGUAUGAUCUCGAGUGAAAUCAAGCGAAUGAUGACGGACGUGGCGGAGAUGAAGGGGGAAUAUGAAUUGAGCGAAUUCCACUUCACAGACGACGACGAAAGGGCCCAGCGGACGACAAAUCCAUGUGAUUGUGGACCUUCCAGCGCACGCCAAGGCCUAUUACGCUCGAAACGCUCGAAACGCUCGAUACGCUCGACAGGAAAAACCCGUGGUUGGGCAAGGGAUCACGUCGAUUUCAUGGUCUACUGCCUGGCGUUGGCUGUUGACAAUACUACCGCAGACUUGUUUGUCGCCAAAGGAGUAAGUUUAGCGUGAGGGGGCAUACGCUUGUGUGAUGUAUUCGGAACAUAUUUCAAUGAAUUCUUUUUGCUGGAA